AUGCAUCUCAUGGCAUCGGUAAGCAGGAGCAGUGGGCUGGAGAAGGACGGCGAUGAUUUAAAGAACCAUGCAAUCCAAGAAGAGUAUCGGAAGUUCAUCCAAGAGAAGCUUGAUGAAGUUAUGUCGGCUCGAUGCCGUAUACACUCAGAGUCUGAGAGCGGAAAGAAACUUAGGGUGGAUACCCAGGAGAACGUGCUUAUCCUCUUCCGCAGAUUGAGGGAAGGGGUCGCAUCAUCGUCGCGAAACGACGCGUUUGCAAUGGAAGCAUACGAAACGUCACUAUACCUCUCUAUCCUCUUCGAAUCGCCAAAGCAAACUACAUCCAUCAUUCCGCAUUUAUUUGCCACAGAUCCCCCACCAAUACCCAAACCCGCCAUCUACACCAUCCUCUGCUCUCUUCUCCACUUUCUAGUGGUAUCAUAUCCGUCGCAAAGCCGAUACCACGAACAUCUCGACUCUAUUCCCAGAAGCCUCCUCUCUCGAAAGUCCGAACUCUUUCUGUGGCUCUCAUCGCUCACAAAGAGUCUGAGGACGCGGAAUUACUCAAAGUUUGCUGCCCUUGCUCAGAAAAGGACCAUCGUACAAUUCAUCGACUCUUUUCUGGAACUACACGAGACCAAGAUGGAAGGAGCGCACAAAGCAGACGAUAAGCUCGGCCUAGAAGCCGUCUUAUUUUUCACAGACGUCUUACGACAGAAGGCUGCUGAAACAUCUUGGACGAUCCUGCGGUCCGCAUACCGUGAACUCUGGUUCGACUACGAAAGCACAAAGACAUGGUUACCUCGCUCCCUGUGUUUGGACUCCAUUCAAGAUGACCGCCGCUCCGUCAGGAUAGACGAUUGGAUGGGAAGCAGGGUCUCUAUGGGACAUGUGCGACCAAAAGACGGUGUAGAAGGCAGAUGGAUAGUUUGCAAAGCUAGAUGA